AUGUCUGCUGUCGCCGUGAUGCUGCUGCUGGCCGCGGUGUCGGAUCUCUGCAGCGGGAGUCUAGUUGUGGUGAACUCCGGCGUGGAAGUCAGCAGGGGGCGCUCUGUGUUCCUCAGUGAGAAGCAGCUGAAGAUCAGAGCGGAUCCCACAGCCGACUGUAAGGUGGAGGUGGUGAUGAACGAGCCCGUCACUCAGAGGGUCGGCAGCAUGACUCCACAGGUGUUUGACUGCAGCUUCCUGGAGGACGAGGUGAAGUACGUCCAUAACGGCAGUCCUCUGCUGGACGAGGACACGGUGAUGCUGAGAGUCUACAGGUUCACCUCCUCCGACACACAGGUGGAGUUGUUGCUCCUGCAGGUUCGGGUGGUGGACUCUGAGUCCAGAGUGGUGGAGCUGGGCAGCGCUCCUCUGGUGGUUCCUCAGUUCUUCGCUUUAUCGAACGCCAUCGACGGCUCCGUCCUGAACAUCCGAACCACGGCGGACCUGAUCUGCACCGUCAGACUCAUGACCGUGGACACCAACACCCCGACGCUGGGUCAGCUGGUGACAGAGGAGGACUCCACCCAGAGGAAGGGCAGAGAGACAGCAGAUCUCUGCCCAGGAAACAAACCUUGUCUCCACAACACCAAGGAGGUCCGCUUCCUUAAAACCAGCUGUCAGGACUUCCUGAGGUCGGGUCUGAAGUACCAGCACCUCAGUCCUCCGUCUCCAGAGAUUGACUACAUCCCCCUCAGGGUGGAGCUGAGGGAGAAGACCACCAGGACCCUGCUGGAGUCUGAGGCGGUGUGGUUGCCGGUUCUGAUCCACGGAGCCAUGCAGAACCAGCUUCCUCAGGCCGCCUUCAUGCCCUCCUUCAUCCUGGAGGUGGAUCAGUUCAUCCUCACCCCGAUCACCACCGCCACCCUGGACGCCAAGGACCAGGAAACCCCCCAGGAGAGGCUGGUGUUCAAUGUGACCGCCCCCCCCGCAGAGGGCUACGUCACCCACCUGGACGACCACACCAAGCCCGUCACCUCCUUCAGCUGGCUGGACCUGCACGACAUGAAGGUGGCCUACCAGCCGCCCAACAGCAGCCGAGCAGCCCGCAGGAACUACGAGGUUGAGUUCCAGGUGAUAGACGGGUCCUUCAUGGUCAGCCUUCCCAUCAUGGUCCACAUCUCCAUCAGGGUGGCAGAAACAAACGCACCCAGAGUCUCCUGGAACAUGGGUCUGGAUCUGUUGGAGGGUCAGUCCCGACCGAUCACGUGGGAGGAGCUGCAGAUAGUCGACAAUGACAACAUCGACUCGGUCUACCUCGUGGCUGUCGACGGACCGCUGCACGGACGCCUCAGUGUCAGAGGCGGGAAGGCGUUCAUGUUCCGUGUCCGGGACCUGAGGGAAGGCGUGGUGGUGUACCAUCACUCCGACAGCGACACCACCCGCGACCACAUCGUCUUCCGCAUCAGCGACGGCCGUCACAGCAUCCGCCACAAGUUCCCCAUCAACGUCCUUCCCAAAGACGACUCGCCUCCUUUCCUCAUCAACAACGUGGCGGUGGAGGUGCAGGAAGGAGGCGCGGUGAGGCUGGAGGAGUUCAUGCUGCUCGCCUCCGACCUCGACUCCAGCGACGACUACAUCCUCUAUCAGGUCGUCUCUGCUCCCAGAGCCGGUCAGCUGGUCAGGAAGACCUCCGCCUACGAGACAGGACUUCCUGUUGACAACUUCCUGCAGAGAGACCUGAUCCAGGGUCAGAUCCACUACCAGCACUCAGGAGAGGAGCAGUUUGAAGACUCCUUCGACUUCACGCUGUCCGACAGCCACCAGCCGCCAAACCUCUCCCAGACAUACACUGUGGUGGUCCAUGUCUUCCCGGUGAAGGACCAGCUCCCGCAGGAAGUCUCCGGCAGCGUUCGCUCUCUGACGGUGAAGGAGACGGACGUAGUUUACAUCACUCAGACUCACCUGCACUUCACAGACCGAGAGCAUCCAGACACCGACCUCACCUACACCAUCACCCAGCCCUGCUUCAGCCCAGUGCAUCCUGGGCUGAUGGAUGCUGGACGUCUGUUCUUCACUGACAGCACCAACGCUAUGAAGAGAGACCCCAUGGUGCCGGUGUUAACGUCUUUCACUCAGCAUGCAGUGAACCACAUGAAAGUCGCCUUCAUGCCUCCUGCUGAGGACAUCGGUCCGGAGACGCUCUUCGUCCAGUUCGUCUUCUCCGUCAGCGAUCACCUCGGCGGCUCCGUCUCCGGUCUGCUCUUCAACAUCACCAUCAUCCCCGUGGACGACCAGGCACCAGAGGCCUUCACCAACCUGCUGCGAGUGGAGGAAGGCGGCGGUGCCUUUGUGACGGAGGAGCACCUCCUGGUUCGGGACCGGGACAGUCGGGAGGAGGCGCUGAGGGUGGAGGUGCAGACGGCGGCUCGACACGGACGACUGGAGCUGCAGGGCCGGACGCUGCUGCAGGGAGACAGGUUCAGCCUGCAGGACCUCAGAGGACUCAGACUCAGAUACAUCCAUGACGACUCUGAGACCACCGAGGAUGACGUCGGUCUGAGGGUGACGGACGGCCUGAACUCUGUCGAUGUCGUCCUGCCCAUACAGGUCCUGCCCAUGAAUGACGAGCCCCCCCAGUUGGGCGGGGGUCUGCGGGGGGAGCUGAGCUGUCAGGAGGGGGGGCAGGUCCAGGUGACGGUGGAUUAUCUGUCGGCUACGGACCGGGACAGCGAUGACUCCAGACUGACCUACAUGCUGGCUCGGAGUCCAGGCCGAGGGGAGCUGCAGAGAGCCGGACUUCCUGUGGAUAAGUUCUCCCAGCAGGACUUGCUGCAGGGUCACAUCUACUACGUCCACACAGGAGGAGAGAUCGGACCCGAGCCGGUCUUCGACACCGUCACCCUCAUCAUCUCUGACGGCGAGGCCGGACUGACGGACAGCUGUUGCCACGGAGACGCCCCGCCCCCACCCGUCCCCCUGCACGGCACGCUUCCUGUUUACGACCUCAACAUCACCGUACUUCCUGUCAACAACAAAGUCCCCGCUGUCACUCUGGGUGACUCCAUGCUGGUGGUGCAGGAAGGCUCCUUCUCGUGUGUGUGUGGGGGGGUCUUAGGGGCCUCGGACCCCGACAGCCCCCCCGAUCAGCUGACCUUCCACCUGGAGACUCCGCCUCUUCACGGCUUCCUGGAGAACACGCUGCCGACGCCGGGCUCCGAGAAGAGCAACGCAGGAGUCCGAGUCGAAUCCUUCACUCUCGACCACGUGACCUCCGGCUUCAUCAACUACGUCCAAUCAGAGCACAAGGGGGCGGAGCCAACCGUAGACCAGCUGACCCUCAGUGUGAGUGACGGGCUCCAUCGCUCCGCCCCCGUCCCCUUCUACAUCAUCAUUCAUCCGACCAAUGACGAGACGCCUUCGCUGCUGCUCGCCAACUUCACCGUGAAGGAAGGAGGGAUGAGGGAGCUGACUCCGUCCAUCCUGAACGGGUUCGACCUGGACGCCCCGCCGGACACCCUGACCUUCACGGUGGCCGAGCCGCCGGCUCACGGCAGCCUGAUCAACGGCAUCUACGGCACAGAGAUGAGCCGCUACAGAGAGAUGGGAGCUGAUCUCCUGCAGCGGAGCCUCCCUGUCACCUCCUUCACCCUGCAGGAGCUCCGGCAAGGCAUGAAGAUCGUGUACAUGCACGAUGACACGGAAACCCUGAAGGACGCUGUGCUGCUGCGGCUGACAGAUGGCGUCCACACAGUCGAGGGGACGACGCAGGUCACCGUGCUGCCGGUCAACGACCAGAAACCACGGCUGCUCAAGAACGCGGGGUUGGAGGUGAACUCCGGUGAGCGCAGAGUGAUAUCCAGCGUUGUGCUGGAGGCCGAGGACCUCGACUCACCCCCCAACCAGGUUUACUACUUCCUGAACGCAGCGCCACGAUACGGGAAACUACAACUGAAGACGGACUCCGGGUGGAUCGAGCUGUCGGUCGCUCAGAACUUCACUCAGGACGACGUGGAGAUGAACCGUCUUUGGUAUUCACACGCCGCCGCCGCCGCCGCCAGCACGCCCGGGUUCAAAGGUCACGACAGCUUCCGCUUCACCCUCAGCGACCUGGACAACGAGAGUCCUGCUCAGAGCUUCUUCAUCUCCGUCCACACCGUGCAGAAAGGUGACAUCGUGCUGCUGACCCGGCCGGUGCAGCUGAUGGAGGGGGAGCGCGUCGUCCUGAACACGGACAUCCUGCUGGCCUCAGACUUGUCGGGUCGUCCCGAGCAGCUCGUCUACGCGGUGUCGAUGCCGCCUCGUCACGGCCUCGUCCACGCCGUCCAGCAGCCGGGCGUCGCGCUCGUCUCCUUCACGCAGCUCGACGUCGCAGCGCACCGAGUGUGUUACACGCACGACAACAGCCACGACGCCGAGACCGACUCCUUCAGUUUCGUCGUCACCAACGGCGACUCGUCUCGCAGCGGGUCGCUCCACUUCACCAUUGAACACGGCGACCGCAUCCCUCCGACGCUCCACCUCAACGCCGGCCUCCAGCUGCAGGACGGCGCCACGGAGACGAUCGGCGCCGACCGGCUGCAGCUCACCGACCCCGACACCGCCGCCGCUAACCUGAGCUACGUCAUCACGCAGCCACCACGCUACGGCAAGCUGCUGCUGGGAGGAGUCCCGCUGACACCGCCGCUGAGGUUCAGCCAGACCCACGUGGACCAGCUGGACCUGGCUUACCAGCACGACCCGAGCAGCCCGGCCGACAUCGACAGGUUCUACUUCCUGCCGACUGACGGGAGCAACAGAGGAUACCUGGAGUUCGGACAGCUGAGAGAGGAGCCGGCUGUGUUUAACAUUCAGGUGGACCGAGUGGACCGGAUGCCUCCCAGUCUGACCACCAGGCGGACUCCCAGCACGGUGGUGGAUCUGGGCGGAGGACGCUUCGGCAUCUUCAUCACCUCCAAACACCUGCAGGCCUCCGACCCCGACAGCCCAACGGAGGAGCUGGAGUUCUCCAUCAGCAGACCGCCACACUUCGGCUACCUGGAGAACGCUCUCACAGGUGCUUACAUCAAAGGUCGUUUCACCCAGCGGGACGUGGAUCAGCGAGCCGUGGUGUUCAUCCUCCCGGCCGACAUGGAGGUGACGGCAGACAGCUUCCAGUUCCGCCUCACAGACCCGGCAGGAAACACCAUGCUGCCCGAAAUACUGGAGCUGUCCUGGUCUCGGGUGGAGUUGUCUGCGACCUGCUACAGAACCUGUGAAACGGCGGGAACGCUGCAGAUCCAGAUCCAACGCAGCGGAAGGAGCAUGGACCCGGCUUACGUCGCUAUCCAGGUGGAAGAAGGAUCGGCUAAACCCGGCAGAGAUUUCACUCACAGCACUGCGGCUCUGAUCCAGUUUGAUCCAGGAGUGAAUGUGAAAACGUGGAACAUUUACCUGACAGACGACGGUCUGGAGGAAAACCACGAGGUCUUCACGGUAACCCUGAAAAACCCAAAGAACGCCGUCCUGGGUCAAAGAAGCUCCGCCUCCGUCGAGAUCAUCGACCCCAGAGGAGGAAGGUGCGACCCAGACGACCUGAGAGUGGAGGAGGAUGAGAAGCGACUCCCACCACCUCCUCCUCCUCCUCCUCCUCCUCACCUCCCUGAGCCUGAGGAAGACCCCGUCACUGACAUCGAGGCGGAGCUGUUGUGGGAGAACCAGCCUCAUCCUCCACGAGGCGACGUCCCAAACCGCCGGCCCUACCUGGACUACGGAGAGGGGGAACCACAGGACCAGGCGGCCCCCAGCUACAGCCACAUCCACUACCACAGCAAGCAGCUGCCAGGGAGGAGCACUGGGAGCACUGGGAGCACCGGGCACAGGACGGGGAAGUCAGUCAGCAGCUCCUGUCCUGAUGGUUCGACUCACUACAGGAGACGCUGUUACAUCCUCAGCUCAUCUGUGGCCAGCUGGGCCAGCGCUGAGCAAACCUGCUCACAGCUGUUUAACAGCAGUCUGACCAGCGUGCGGUCCAGAAGAGAUAUGACCUGGUUGUGGAAGUUUGCAGGCAGGAAGCCAUUUUGGAUCGGUAUGUCUGGGGGUCCGGGCCGCUGGAUGUGGGCUGACGGGCGCUCGGUGUCUUUCUCCAGACUGAGAGGGGCUUCGCCGGGCCGCAGUGAUGCCGACGUCGGCUCCGACUGUGUGCUGGUUGAAAACCCCACGAGCUGGAUUUCCACAAGUUGCUCUGCCGAAACCCAACACACAUUCAUCUGUUCGUCGCCGGCUCACACUCACUGAGAGAUAUUUACUGCUAUCAGCCCCGUUA